AUGGUCCGACCCAAAACCGCAGCCACAGAGAGCCGCGCUGAGCAGGAAGGGCCGGGCAAGAUCAUCAGCAAGGUCGUUCCGGAGAAAUUCUACUUCUUUGUGUUGUUUCUCAAGCUGGGCUUGCAAGUUCUCGAUCCUGUUGCCUUGAUGGCAAGUGGUGGCUUGGAUUUCGCCGAAGAAGGCGUCAAAGCGCUGGUUUUGCCGCUGCAGCUCCUGGAUACUGACCUCCAUACGCUGCAUGCGCAUGUCAUCCUGCUGACGUUGGCCAUACUUGGAGUGGAUCCUGCAGACACAGAUGGCAUGAUCGACAAUGCAGAGCUUGUGCAAGCUGCGGCUCCAGAUGUCAAGCAGGAGCACCUCCAGAAGUUCAUCGACUGGGGCAUGGAACUUCAUGCAGUCUGUGCCGCAUCCCGAGGCCUUGCAGAGUUGCAGAACUGGCACAGCUUCCAGGUCUUGCACUUGGAGUGCGCCUCGCAACUCAGCAGGAAGUGGCGUCGGUGUGAGAACCCCAAGCGCCUCCUCAGAGAUGAUCUUGCCUUCCCGGAGGAAAGGGCCGAGACCGGUUGGGACCUGGUGGUAGGCAUGCUGAUCGUGCCAACAGAGGUCCAGAAGGACAAGUUGGUGGUGCAGAUCGCGGAUCGCCGGAUGCUGGUCGGACCAAAGAGGGCCCAGCUGGAGAUCGAUGGCUCUGCAAUGCAAAGGCGUGGUGACCCACAGGUCACAGCUAUGCCACAGCCGUGCGUCCUGGUGGAGCUGCACAUGGACUCGCCUCAAGUUGUAAGGACCGCAUCGCCCAGAGGGUCGGAGAUGGGCUUCCGGUGCAAGGCGUCGCAUGCCAUCAAAGAGCUGAGUGGAGUAUCCCCAGUGGCCUUGUACCACCUCAGCACGGAGAAGUUGACCUCCCAGCUCUACCGCUGGGAGGGCUCGGGCCAAGAGCUCCAUGUUCCCAACACAAAAGAGCGCAUGGAAGACACCAACGCCCAUGGACCCUUGCCCGCGGUCAAUUUCAAGAGAAAGGACGAUGCGACACCACUCCGGGCCUAUGCACAGGUCCGGCUCUUCACUUCGCAGACGCCGUGCUUGCCGGCGGCUCAUGCACGGGACUUCCGAAGGGCGAAGUCUGAGCAGGUUGGGCUUUUACUGGCCACCGACUCCGAGAUCUUGGAGCGAGAUGAUGACUGCGCCGAGGGCGCCUGCGCGGUCAGUGCUCUUCAGGUUCGCGGCAAGCGUUUGGAGCAAGAGGCUGCGGAGGAACAGGUCCCGUACCUGUGCCAGUUCCAACCCUGGCUACCUCAGUGCUACUACCAGGCCAAGCAGAUGCCCAGUCCGCCGCCGCCCCCUCCUGGUUUGCCUCCUGCCUUCUGCCAGUAUUAUCCCCUGUCUCCCUACUGCUUGCCGAGCGGAGCUCAGUACCCAGCGCCGGCACCAAUGUAUCAGCCGCCGCCGACACAGUACAGUCCACUGCCGUCGUUGACGCCGGCGCCGGCGGCGCCGGCGCCCAUUCCGAUGGCGCCUGCGGCGCCGGUGCGGAUGAUGCGACGAGGGGGCUUAGAUCCUCCAGCCAAGGCAACCACCUACAAUGGCGCGUCCUGGGAAACAAUGAGAAUAGGAGGAACCAAGACGAUGCACUUCUUCGCCGUGGGGGACUGGGGCUCAUUGCUAGGAAGUGGCUAUGCGCCCAUGGUCCAGUACCGCGGCGGUCAUACUCCCGGGCCCCACACCAUGGCCAGGUGGCGAGGGCCGUGCAAGACGAAGAUGAUGGUGGAGUGCUUCGCAGGCGGCGUUUGCGAGAAGAGCUGUCACUUUAGCGAGGUGGAUAGGCAGGCACAGGCGCUCGUGGCCAAGCAAAUGAAGCAGCGGGCCGCCGAGAGCGGUCCGGACUUUGUGGUGAAUGUGGGCGACAACUUCUACUGGGGAGGCGUCAACACCAAGUGUGGGACUCCCAUGAACCAGAUCAGCGCGAUCACGCAGCAGCAGUUCACGGAAAUCUUCGAGCGUAUCUACAAUGGCCCCGGCCUGGACGGGAUUCCUUGGCUGAGUGUGCUGGGGAAUCACGACUGGGGCGGCUUUCAGUUCAACAAGGCAUGGGACCAGCAGAUCGCUUAUACCUGGACCAGCGAUCGCUGGAGAAUGCCUGGCCUUUACUGGAUGCAACGUGUGGAGUAUCCAGACCAGGACUUCAGCGCAGAAUUCCUGAUGAUCGACAGCAACGCCAUGGACGUGAAGCCAAUGCACGCGGAUCCCGAGCACAACAUUUGCGGCCAGAAGCACAACCCUGCGGAUGCACGCUGUGAUGCCACGGGAGGGCCGGCCAAUCUCAAGGACUGCUUCAGCUGGAUGUGGGGCAUCUGGAAGGAUCAGCAGAAGUGGGUCGAAGAGAAGCUGUCCGGGUCCACGGCAGAUUGGCAGGUCAUUGCCACGCACUUCAACUGCGGGCAUCAGGCCGAGUGGUACAAGAAGCUGCACCAGCAGUACGGGCUUGACUUGUUGAUAACAGGACAUACCCAUGAUCAGCAAGUCUUCCACAAGUCAGGUCUGCUGGGAGGUAUGACAUGCUUCAUCACCGGGGGAGGCGGAGGCAUUGUGUCAGAAGGCGAUCCUUCCAACUACCGGAGCAACCAGUACGGCUUCUUUGACUUGACCAUCAGCAAGAAGGAGAUCGUCCUGGAGUCGGUCAAUUACAAUGGAGUGUCUCUUGGAAAGUACUCAGUGGAGCCCAAAGCGCGGCCCUGA